AUGCGCAGGCUCCUGAGGACGGCGGAGGAUGUCGCUGCCUGGGCUGGCCUAAGGUUUAACCCCAGGAAGUGCGCAAGCCUCGAGGUGGAUUGCCGCAACCGCAGGCGAGUCCUGGCGACCGAGUACGAGAUCGGUGGUUCUCCUAUGGUGUGUCUGAAAGAGGGCGAGGAGUACCGUCAGCUCGGGGUGCCAACUGGAUUCAAAGUGGACCAAACACCGGAACAUGACAUUGCCAGAAUGGCCGAAGAUGUGAAGAAGAUUGACGAGAGUCUUCUGGCACCUUGGCAGAAGUUGGAAGCCGUGAGGAUGUUCAUACUCCCACGGCUAGACUUCAUCAUGAGAGGAGCCAGGGUGGCCAAGACCCCACUGAAGAAGCUUGACAAUGACGUGAAGAGAAUGGUGAAGAAGUGGCUCUACCUUCCACAGCGAGCCAGUGCUGAGGUGGUCUAUCUGGGUGUGGCAGAGGGAGGGGCCGGAAUGUUCCCUCUGGCAGACCUAGUUGACAUAUCCUCCGUGGCCCAUGCCUUCCGCAUGGUCACGUGUACUGACCCUGUGGUGAAAGACCUGGCUAGAGCUACUCUUUCGCAUGUCGCCAGGAAACGCCUUGGGCGUCCCGUUUCCCUUGACGAGGUUGCCGACUACUUGUCCGGUAGGUUGGACGGUGACUUUGCCAGGGAUGGAGGUGACAUCGGUUCUCUGUGGACUGAUGCGAGGAAUGCCGCCGGUAGGCUCCAAAAGAAAAUCGGAGUCUACUGGAAGUUCGACCAUGACAGGGAGGAGUUCCAAAUUCGAAUUCCCUCGCCUGACGGCACUUCCGGUCCAGUCAUUGUCCCAGAGGACGCAAGGGGCCAUCUUUUUGCAAGAUUGAAGACUGCCAUGAGGCUCAAGUUGAAGAAGACACUCACUAGGAAGCCUGAUCAGGGGAAGGUCUUCGACGUGGCUUGCCGAUGCCGUGAUUCAAAUAAUUUCAUCCAGGCCGGCAAGUUCAAGCGCCGAUUGGCGCUUUAUUUUUAA